GAGAUCGAACAGGACCGCCACCGGUUGCGCAGACAGUUGGCACAGUCAAAGGCCGAGUGCGAGCAACGGUGCCAUGAGCUGCAGGCCGAUCUCAGAGACCUGCAGGCGGUGCUCGACAGCCGGGAACGUCAGCUGCGCGAGGCGGACAAACAGAAACGAGCCGUGGUCCGAGAGCUUACGGACCAGAAUGGCAGGUUGCAGUCGCACAUCAGAGAGCUUUCCCAGGCAGAAGCGGAACUCCGGCACAAGUGUCGUCUUCUGGAAGACGCACAGCAGCUACAACAUGGCAGCGGCAAAUGGACAGGGAUCGGAGGAGUUGGAUCGCCCACAUCCAUGACCAACGGCGGUUCCACCACUGAUUACGGGUCGCUGACGCCAGACGACUACCGCAGCCUGGACGUGUUGCGUGAUGAGAUCGAUAUGAAAGCGGCAGAGAAACAACGACUACAGAAGAGGAUGGCUGAGUUGCGAGCCGACCGCGAUCGGUUGGCCGAACUACUCGAACUCAAAGAUCGCCAGCUAGCCGAGUGCCGAGCUGAGGCGAACCAUUACGAGCACAGGUCAGCCAUGUUGGCCAAGCAGUUAGACGACGCGCUCUCGGGGGACUGGAGAGGACGAGGCGGAAAGUGCGCUUCGUGCAGCGGUCAAGCCGGAGGUGCGGCGGUGUACCGGACGAACGGCGCCGGUGGGACCGAAUCGCAACCGAUGUCGCUGUUGGCCGAGUUGGAACAAGCCGAGGCGGCCAUAACGCAGACAGCUGCUCGUCCACAGCCGCCGCCCAUGGUCGACGUGGACCUAACGGCGGAGCACCCCCCCAACGAUUUCGGGGCCGACGCCGAACGGUUGGUGGUCCGGCUGUGCGACGCUCUCGAGCGCCGGGCCGGCCACACGGACGUAGUGUCGACGGAGUUGUCGGCCGGCACUAAGUACCGGCUGCUGAAGCUGAUGGGCUGUAGCGGCGGCGGUGAAGACGGAAGCGCGGAGGCCAGUGUCAAGUCCUCGGGAUCCGUCGACCUUGCGGAGCUGGUUCGCAACCGGGACGGUCGGGUGGCCGAGCUCACGUGCGAGUUGUCCGUGAGAGACGCGGAACUGCAGGCGGCCCGCGAGGAACGUGAUCUGGCGGUGCGGGAUAAAAUGGACGCGAUGCGGAUUAAGUGCGUCCGGUGCGGUGAUACAGGCAGUGGAGAGCCCGCAGACACCACUUCCGGAUCCGGUACCGACGAGAAGGACGCGUCUUUGAUCCCGGAACUGUUGAGGAAAGCGUGGGAACAACGGGACGGGGCGGUGAGGCGGAAAAACGCAGUGCAGGUGCAGCUGGCCCGGACCCGUGUUGACGUACUGCAGGCCAACGGUCAACUGAUGGAGGCCAUCGGGCAGAAGGUGGAACUCAGUCAACAACUAGAACAGUGGCAGAUGGACAUGCAAUCUCUACUCGACGAGCAAAUGCGCAGGAAAUUGCUGGCUCCGCCGAUGCAAUCUUCGGCCACCGGUGCGCCCGAAUUCGGUGGCGGAAACCAGCAAAAGUGUUCCGGUACCGGAGGGUUCCCGUCGAUGUCGGCUUCGAGCUUGGGAAGUCUCGGGUCGUCGGGACUGAUGAACUCGUUGUUGAUGAUCGCCGGCGGUGGAGGGAACGCAAACAGAUGACACGGCAAACAACAACGUUUAUACUAUAAUAAAUAACGGUCGUGGUCCGUUUACCUUUGGACAGUAAUAUAAUAUUAUAAUAAUGUAAUAUGUGUAUAAAAAUAGUGGAUCGAGUUUGCGCAUUAGUCAUAUCGCAUCCAAUCGACGUUUCGUACGGACGGACGACGGUUUAGGAUUAAUGUAUUUUUUUUCUUUAAUUUUCGAUCCGGCGUUUAAUUUACUGUCGUCUUACUUAUAACACAUUAUAGCAUGUAUCAUACCUAUCAGUGAGAUUUACGAUCUCUCGUCCAUCGUCGACCCAAAUUCGCCCCGUGAAUACUUGUUAUACAUCAAUAAUCAAUAACAAUCGCACUGGCAGUUUUUACUUCCAACGUCUGCGUCAAAUUCACACAAAUUUCUAACUAUGAGAUAUUAUAGGUACAUAUGAUGUCUUCGGAAUCGUUAACGUAUUAUGAGAGUCAUAUUCUAAAAUUAUUUUGGUCUCUGAUCGUGUCAAUCGUGUCAUAGACCAUUUUCCGGAAAGUUUAUUAAUGAUUUGUACAUAGUAUGUAUGGCGGUUCGUCUCGAUUUAAUGGUUUUUAUAUUAUAUUAUUUUAGACUGCAGUAAAAUUCUGCAAAAACUAGUACAAAAUAUUUAUAACAAAAGUUACCUCACGUGAGCACACUCACCGAUAUGAUACGUCAUUAUAAUAUAUUACUAUAUUAGGUAUAAAAUGGAAAAGUCAUAGGAUUUGUCCGAAUUAUUACUUACACAAUAAGAUACUAAAAACUCGUUGAGAAUUUUCAGAGAUGAAUGUAAAACUCUUUCCGUAUAUUUCCUUCGUUUAAAAAAAAAAAAAAACCAAAAUAACCAAUAAUUAUUUUAUUUUUUUUUUUUUGAAAACUAAAAAUUUAAUAAUCUGUUGCGUGCUAAUAUCAUAUUCAAGUCUAGGGUGUUAUUUUAAAUGAAAAUUACAACUUUUAAGAACAAUAAUGUGUUUAUUACGUAUAAAUAAAGUUCGUGUAACUGAUACAAAAAGUGGCCGAGUGUUGUGAAGGCACUCAGGUCUUUGUGGCUCUGGUACAUCUGCCCUUGCUGAUCUCUAGGCUCCCUUAUAUUAUAUGAAGAAGCCUCUUGUCAUUGUAGUCCAUAACCUUUCAUUUCGUAUUUAUUCUUGGAAUCGUUUUCACACUUGUUUUAUCGAUAACAACAAUCUCCAGGAUGUCAUCUGUUUCCAAUUGUAAAUUCGUGGAAAUUCAAUAAUAUAUUUAUUAUCGACCUCGGCACACGAUUGCUAUUUUGAUAUGUUUAUUAUGAUGUUUUUAAAACAAGAUUCAUAGAAAUAUGAAUCUACUAUCUUGUAUAUAUUAUAGACAUAUAAUAUAUUAUAUUAUUACAUUAGGCCACACAUAUAUAUAUAUUACUAUUGCUAAUACUUCUAGCAAUAUUACAUAUACUUAUAUUUAUUAACAUGUCUUGUAGCCCAUAACACCUCCCCGCAAAAAAAAAGGUUUAUGUCUGCAAGACAGAAAUCUUUACAAUUUUUAUAUGUAUGCAGUUACACUUC